AAUAUUUGCCUUUGCUGUUUGCAGCAUGGCAAACUUGAAUGUUUGUUGAACACUGUACAGGCUUGUGCGAUAGAUGUGUGGCCAGAUUUGAAUGAAUACUUCCCUUUCAUUAAAUGUAUGGAAAAUGUGGUGUUGGAUAGUUUUUUAUACAAAAGGAAGUAUCCUCCAUGGGAAACAUGUUUUGAAAAACUGAAAUUAGAAGCAAAUUCUGUUACUGAUUGCUUAAAAAGUGCGUGUGGGAAAGAGCUCGAAUUCCUCUAUGCUGCUGAGACAAUAGCCCUUCAACCUCCUCAUACAUAUGUGCCAUGGGUUGUUAUAGAUGGCCAACCACUUUAUGAGGACUGUGAAAAUUUCAUAAGCUACAUUUGUAAAGCUUACAAAGGUACUGCUGCUGUUCCAGCUUGCAAUGCAAUUCAAAAGGGUAGGAAAAUUAAGCCUUUUGGUUUCACAAAAAGAAGUAAUUCUAACUUAUCAACUAUAACUUCAGCAAUUUCAUCAUGAAUGAAGAAGCUAAGUGCAUUAUUAUAAGUCUACAUGCUGCUUUUUUAACCCUGCUUUUUUGUAAUAUACUCUGUUCUAUAAUGCUGGGAUUUUGUGAAAUUAUACUUGUAAGUUAUAAUUAGUUCAUGUAGAAGUUUGUGUAUAGCAGAAAAAUACUUAUUGUAUCUUUAGAUUUUAGAGAGAG